AUGAAGAAGCACCACGAGCCGAAGGCGCUGCCCGACAAGCUGGCCUACUGGCUGGUCAAGUUGCUGAUCGUGCCCAAGCAGCUCUUCUUCCAGCGCCGGCACUCCAGCCACGCGCUGCUGCUGGAGACGGUGGCGGCCGUGCCGGGCAUGGUGGGCGGCAUGCUCCUGCACCUGCGCUCGCUGCGCCGCUUCGAGCACAGCGGCGGCUGGAUCCGCGCGCUGCUGGAGGAGGCCGAGAACGAGCGGAUGCACCUCAUGACGUUCCUGGAGGUGGCGCAGCCAAAGUGGUGGGAGCGCGCGCUCGUGCUCGCCGCGCAGGGCGUCUACUUCAACGCCUACUUCGUCGCCUACCUCGCCUCGCCCAAGUUCGCGCACCGCUUCGUCGGCUACCUGGAGGAAGAGGCCGUGCACGCGUACACGGAGUACCUUAAGGACCUCGAGGCCGGCAUCAUCGAGAACACGCCGGCGCCGGCCAUCGCCAUCGACUACUGGCGCCUCCCCGCCGACGCCAAGCUCAAGGACGUCGUCACCGUCGUGCGCGCCGACGAGGCGCACCACCGCAAUGUGAACCACUUCGCAUCGGACAUUCAUUACCUGGGGAUGAAGCUGAAGGACACGCCUGCGCCUCUCGGGUACCACUAA